UGGGGCCAUGCCAUCCACCUCCAUGAUGAUUUCCAGAGCGAGUACCCCACCAGUCAGCCCAGAAAGCGGAAAGCGGACGUGUCCACCGCAGAAAGCGAGCCUGCAAAAACAGGUGUGACGGAGCCGAAAGAUCGGUUCCUCUGCGAGGAAAAGCGCACCUGGUGACCUGGUGUCAGCCCCAAAAAUGCUCAAAAGAUGACUUGCCUGAGGCUGUUGCGUUCUACUUUUUGUGCGGAUCCCCCCCAGCUGCUAUCACGUCAUCAAAUCCCUUUGGACAAACAUUGGGAAAACAGGAAAAAUCCUCGAGGUGUGGGCGAUUACCUGCGUGCGAUCACUACACCUCAGCGGAAGUUGACCGGUGGAGAGGAAGGGGAAGAAGGUGGCAUGGCUGAAGCCUUGGGCGCGUCUGCCGGCGAGCAAACCAAGGCCGUGCUGGUGAUCCCCCGGGGCUUUCCCUUCCAACGGGUCAUAGAUGAGAUCGCGGAGAAUAACAAGAUGGAUAGCUACGUAGGCCUGGUAUUUGAAAGGCCCUUCGUCGACCAGGACUGAGACGCCUGGUGCGCGGCCAGUGGGCUCCCAGUGGGCUCCAGCGCAGAAGAAGUUUUCAGAAGACGGUACUCGGGGAACCUUCAAACGUAUUGUCGCAGAUGGGAAAGGAAUUGAAGACUCAUUUGUUGUGAUGGUCAGCCGGAUCGUUCUCUUUGAACAUUUAUUCAUUAUUUUCUAAUAUAUAGAGUGCUGAAUUGGUCGUUGCCUAGUUCUUUGCCGGAGGCCAUCCUUCUAAAGGCACAUUGAUUUUGCUAGAGAUUUAUUUCUGAACAUUCUCGCCAAGUCUGCAUGACUUGCCCCUCUUUCUGGCGCCAUGGUGAGCGCGGCUUUUGAAAGCGCGAGUUUCAUGGCUGGCCACAACGGAAGAUGCCAGCUUCACUGAAGAG